AUGUUGGCCAUCAGUAGAUACCCUGCGCUGCAGAACUACGGUUACUACAUACUCGCCUCGCUCGCCGCGUGCGACUGCCUCUACGGUAUACAGUCCAUCCUCGCCGAGGGCGACAUCUGGUGGGCGGCGGGCUACGCGCAUGCGCAUCGCUGCUCGCUCUGGAAGGCCUUCAUGGAAGAACUGGACGCCUACCUGUCGUCGUGCAGCUUUCUGCAUCUACUCGCCGUUGCCAUGGAGAAAUACGUCGCCAUCCUGCAUCCGAUGGCCUACCCGCGUCUGCUGACGGCGCGCCGUCUGGCGGCGGGCGUCGCGGCGACGUGGCUGCUCGCGGGGGCAUACGCCGGCGUCGUCGUCGUCGUCGGCAGCGCCCCCUGCGUGCUGUUCCCUGGCACCGGCGGCGGCCACCAGGAGAUGACGGCGGUCGCCAUCUUCGCCGUUCCCGGCGUGGCGCUGUUCGUGCUCUACUACCUUAUAUGGAAAGCGGCGGCGGCGCAGUCCCCCGCACCUGCCGUGUGGGCCGUGGUCUACAUUCUCCUCUACGCUAACUCUGCCUGCAACCCGAUCGUCUACGCGCUGAGAAUAACGAGGUUCCGUAACGCCUUCCGCUUGAUUCUCACGCGCUCGACGAGCAGGAGUCUCGACUGA